AUGGACGCCGCCGAAUCUCUUCGGCCCAACAGCGACGACCUCUGGAACGCCGCCGUCGGCGAGCUGGAGACCGAACUCAAGCUUCAGAUCGAUACGACGCAAGAGAACAAGGUGAAGGCGCUUGACCACCUCUUGGCAGCCACGGAGGACGCCAAACAGCGGAUGCGCGGCAAAUGUUGGUCCUUCAAACGUGACAAAGGAGGUGAGACGGUAAUCGUACGAGACGUUCUCGCAAAGGUCGUGAAGUGGGUCAACCAUUUCAAAGACGUCGGCGACGUUAUAGUGCAAUAUGACCCAGUGCAUGCCGCGCUGCCCUGGGCCGGUCUACGGUUUCUGCUCAAGAUGGCUGUUGGCGACUUGGACACAUACCAUGAGCUGCUCGAGAGGGUCCCCGACAUUGCAGAAACCAUAUGUCGGAACGCUGUUCUCCAAGGCCGAAUUCUCAAGCACGGCGCCCUAGCAUCUGACGACUUCAUGACGGCCUUUGCGGCACUCGGCGAAGCCCAGAAAGCAGUCGAUCGUUGUGCCCACAUGUCUACUCUGCAAAGAGCCGAUCUGAAAAGCGUGUUGGCGAAAUUCGAUGCUCCUCUUGUCCGCUGGAAUGACGCAUUGAGUGCCAUCACCGAUCAACUUGACCGCUCCGGCAAGAGCAAGUUGACGUCCAUCGUCGUCGAUGAUGCCAUGGAAGCAUUCCGAAACAACCAGGCUCCAGCUCCGAUAUACUUCUACUGCUCACGUAAUCCAGCUGAGCCUAGACGCUCUGACCCUGCCAGCAUUCUGGCCAGCCUCGCAAGACAGCUUUCGACUACGGAACCGCAAGGCUCGGAACAGCUAGGGCCGCUCCUUGAAGAAACGGCCAGCCUGUAUCAGAAAAAGGAAGCAGAAGCCUUUGCGUCGAAAUGUCCGAAUUUUCGUGAGAGUACAGACCUCAUCAGGAAGUUGCUCGAACAUUUUAAGGAUGCGACCAUGACGAUUGUACUUGAUGCUCUUGACGAGUGCAACCAAGCAAGUAGGAGGCAGCUCUUAGUGUGGCUGGGAGACCUUCUCGAAGCGUCACCAUGUCUCCUUAAAGUUUUCGUGUCAAGUCGGGACGACCACGAUAUCGUCCUCAAACUAGACAGCUACCCCAACCUCGAACUUUCUUCCGAUCGCAACGCGGCGGACAUCAGACUUUUCGUGGAACAGGAGACUCAUCGUCUUGUAAACGAUGGAUCCCUGUUGUACGGUAGCACCAAAAAGGAUGAACUACGCGACAAAAUCAUAUGCGAGCUUACAUCUCGUGCACACGGCAUGUAA